AUGUGGUGUGUGACAUCAGUACAAUAUAGGGUCUUGAUUAAUGGCCAACCUCAUGGGUCAAUUGUUCCACAUAGAGGGUUGAGACAGGGCGAUCCUUUAUCGCCUUAUCUUUUAAUUUUAUGUACGGAGGUGCUUAUUGCCCAUUUUCGGAAGGCCGAACAAGCGAAGCAUCUGACUGGUAUCAGGGUUUCAACUGCUUCUCCUCCUAUCUCUCAUCUAUUGUUUGCAGAUGAUAGUUUGUUCUUUUGCCGGGCGACAAAAGAACAGUGUGAGGUGGUGUUGAGGAUCCUUAAGUUAUAUGAGCGGGUUUCGGGUCAGCAAAUAAAUUUCCAGAAGUCUUCAGUUCAAUUUGGACACACGGUGGAUGUUGAUCUCAAGGAGGAAUUAAAGGGAGUUUUGGGUAUAUCAAACUUGGGCGGGAUGAGUUCUUAUUUAGGCAUACCGGAGAGCUUAGGUGGUUCUAAGACAAAGAUUUUUUCUUUUGUGCAAGAUAAGCUGCAAGCACGGGCUAGUGGAUGGCCCGCUCGAUUGUUAUCCAAAGGGGGUAAGGAGGUGAUGAUCAAGUCGGUAGCUACGGCGGUCCCUACCUUUGUGAUGUCGUGCUUCCGUCUCCCAAAGACGGUAACCAGGAAGCUGACUAGUGCCAUCUCGAACUUCUGGUGGAGUUCGUCGGGGCAAUCAAGGGGUCUCCAUUGGAUAGCCUGGGACAAGCUGUGUUACAGCAAAGAUGCUGGAGGGAUGGGCUUUAGGAGUUUAGAUGAUUACAACACAGCUUUACUUGCCAAACAACUUUGGCGUCUUAUAACGGUUCCGGAUUCUCUUUUCGCACGGGUGUUUAAAGGUCGUUAUUACCGGCACUCGGAUCCUUUUGAUCCAAUCAAAUCUUACUCGCCGUCUUAUGGGUGGUGGAGUAUAAUUUCUGCUCGCUCUCUGGUUAACAAAGGACUGAUUAAAAGGGUAGGAUAUGGUGAUUCCUUCUUGGUAUGGACUGACCCAUGGAUUCCUGCUCAAUCCCCGAGACCAGCAAUGAGCAUAGGGUCCCCUUCGGACCCUCUGCUACGCGUUUCAAACCUUAUUGACAGGAGUUCUAAUUCCUGGGAUGUGGCUAAGCUUGCGGUUACUUUUGUUCCGGAAGAUGUGGCUACCAUCUCUGCCAUACCUUUGCGCCAACCGGACAAACCGGAUUUGCCAGGUUGGCAUUUUACUAAGUCGGGUAAAUAUUCGGUCAAGUCAGGGUAUCAUAUUCUUCGUUCACAUAUGCUGACUCCUGCUUCCCCGCAAGUGUUGGAACCCAGCAUUGUCGCGCUUCAGGCUUUUACGUGGAAAAUUAGGUGUCCCCCAAAACGCCGUCAUUUUAUGUGGCAAGUGCUUACGGAAUGUGUGGCGGUUACGGCUAAUCUAUGGAAACGUGGUAUAGGUGAUGAUGCCUUGUGUAGUCGUUGUGCUGCUCAGGAGGAAACAAUUAAUCAUGCUCUGUUUGAAUGUGCGCCAGCGAGACAGGCACGCAAUGACAAGGUUUUUAGUAAUCUGGAUUCAAAUCCCCUAGCUCUUUUACGGAUCGCGGAGGAUGAGGUAAAGGCUUGGGCUCUGGCCCAGACUGAGGAUAUGGUUUCAGAUAUGGUUUCAGAUUUGUCUGGAAAUAUUGCAAGUACACUUGAGAGGACUGGGCGAUUAGGAAGCCCUAGGUUCCCCUUGAGUUUUAUGUGUUUUGUAGAUGGCUCUUGGAAAGCAACAGAUAGCUAUGCGGGUCGAGGAUGGUUUUGUACGUCACCUUCGGGUAGUGCUCAUUCAAUGGGAGCUGCAAACCUUCGCCGCAGUCUCUCUCCCCUUCAUGCCGAGGUUGAAGCCCUUAUCUGGGCUAUGCGAUGCAUGAUUGGGGCGGAUAACCAAUCUGUCGUCUUUCUUACCGACUGCUCCGACUUAGUGAAGAUGGUGUCUUCACCUUCCGAGUGGCCAGCUUUUACGCCGUAUUUGGAGGAUAUAUACGCGGAUAGAGAGGAGUUUGUGUCUUUCGCUUUGGUCUGUGUCCCUCGCUCUCAGAAUGGUAAAGCGGAUAAUCUUGCACGACGAGUUCGUACAGUACCGCACUUAGUUACCUAUGUGAACAAUGUCCCUUCGUUUUGGCUUGUUUAA